GUUGCGUCUGCUGAGGAGUCGGGCGAGAGCAUAUUUACCAGUGCUCAAUAGCCACAAUAUCUACAAGCCUCACGGAACGGAGGAAAUGUACAUUCUAAAUGGAUUUGUUCCGUCCUGCUUUGUUAUGUUUCGAGGAUUAUAACAAGAUUGACAGUCACUGCGUUGUUUUCUUUACGUAAUCUAACUAUUUGCGCAUUUACCCUUGAUUGGUUCAUCUGCUAUAUUAUUUCGGUGUGUGCACGCUGUCGGGGCGUUUUGUUUUGUCCAGAAGAAUACAUUUUCUUCGGCGUUUCUCUUUGGCUUUCUUAAUGGGAAGGGCAUGCCACGUUACUGUGAUAUCCAAUGGAUAAAGAAACACAAGCUUGUGAUUUAUUUUCAGGCAAAUCUUGAUGCACAUUUAUCCAAGGCAAAAAAUUCGGGAGGUAAGUUUAGACUUUGGAACUCCGUAAACCUGCACAGCUGAUUUCUCCAUUCUACGUGGAGAAGGCAUUUAAAAGGCAAAAUUUAAAUAUUUAAAGUAAAUAUUUUGGAAGCUGGGAGUUAUGUUAUCUCCUAUAGGACGGUGCAUUAAGUGGGCAGUCUGUAUGGCCCUGGUCCUUAUCCAUGCAUCAGGGACUGAUGGUUCUAUAUUGAAUUUCCACAAAACAUGCAUAUGUGCCAGUAACAUUGUCAGCUGCUCCAAAAUGAACUUAACUACUGUUCCAGUCAACCUUCCCAAUUACACAGCAGUGCUUGAUCUGAGCUACAAUGACAUCACCAGACUGCGUGCUGAGUGGACCACAUACAAACUCCCUAAACUCCACAAUCUUUUACUGAGCCACAACAGCUUGCACUUCAUCUCCACUGAGGCAUUUGUUUAUGUGAGGCACCUGCGCUACCUGGACCUGUCCUCCAAUAACCUGCGCCAGCUGGAUGAGUACAUCUUCGAGCAGCUGGAGCACCUGGAGGUGCUCCUGCUCUACAACAACCAUAUCUCCCAGAUCGAUCGCACCGCCUUCUCAGGCAUGAUCAGCCUGCAGAAGCUCUAUCUGAGCCAGAACCUGGUCUCCCGCUUCCCCGUGGAACUGGUCAAGAACAAGACACGGCUGCAAAAGCUGAGCUUGCUGGACCUGUCAUCCAAUCGCAUUAAAGUCCUCCCCAUCCCAGAGCUGCAGAGCCUACCAGCCUGGCUCAAAAAUGGACUCUACCUCCACAACAACUCUCUUAUCUGUAACUGCGAGUUGUACAGCCUCAUGACCCAGUGGUUCUUACGGCGGCUGAACUCUGCGGUGGACUUCAGAGAUGACUACACGUGCAUUCCACCAGGAGCUGACAAGAAAAUCCUGCGUGUUUUCGAGCUAAACGUUCACAUGAACUGCAGCACGUUCAAUGAGUCUAUGGAGGAAACCUUUUUGGGGCAGACUCUUGUCCUCAACUGUGACACCCGGCAUCGGGAGAUGUCCAAGACUUGGAUGUUACCUGGCAACAUAAUAGCAUCCCCUGGCAAUAACCACAGUGUGGAAGUCUUCCCAGAUGGCAUCCUGAAGAUCAGCUCAGUAAAACUUGAAGACUCUGGCCAGUACACCUGUUUUGCUGUGAGUGAGCACCUUAAUGAGACCCUGUACGUGUGGGUGAAGGUACAUAACUUCACUGUCAGUGGAACUGGUGACACCCUCAACACGGGGUACACAACGCUAGUGGGUUGCUUAGCCAGCGUGGUGUUGGUGCUCAUCUAUCUGUACCUGACCCCGUGUCGCUGCUUCUGCUGCCCAGGACAGGGCAAGCCGAAGAACCAUCAUGAGGACAGCAUCCACUCCUCUAUACUCAGUGCCACACCAACGCAUGAAGACAUGGCAACCAAAGCAGAGCUCAGCAGGCAUGUGGCCUUCAUAGACCCCAAGGACCUGCAGGGUCAGAACGGGAAAGUGAAUCCCAGCGGGGUGGAGGAGCUAGAUGAUGAAGCCAGGCAGGGGAAAGGGAUGCGGAAGAAGUCUGUUGCAGACUCCAUUAGUUCAGUCUUCUCUGACACACCUAUUGUGGUCUAAACAAAUACAGCCCAGUGUUCAAAUUGGGUGGGGGAUGGAUGCUGUGAAGAGUUGGUCUAGACACAUUGAGCUGUUGUGACCUUGCUGGAUAAAGAGACAGACAGAAAUUCAGCUUGCACCCUUCAGGAUCUGUAUGAUAAACAACAGAAUGUUAUAUCAAUUUCCCUUGUGAGUCUGACAAGGACAAGGUAAAAAAAAAAAACCUUUCCAGCAUUUCAAUCUGUAGCACCUAAGUAUAUACUGUGAACAGGUCUUGCCAUGGUAUAAAUGGUAAGUGGACUCUAAAAAGUGAUCGUUGAGAAACAGGAAAGUAGAUGGCUUAAAUGACAAGAUUAAUUUCUCCAUGCAUAGAAAGUAUAACUUGGAAGUCUUAUUAUUCAAUAAAAGUUGUUGAAAGAAAUAUACAUCCACUAUAUAAUCAAGUAAUAAGCAUGAUUCUUACAGACAGCUAAUUAAUUAAGAACAUCAUAGCUUUUACCCUAUAGUUAUUAGUACUUGGAACAUUUACUUCUUCCUUUCCCAAAUGCUACCAUACCAGCAUCACCAUGUUAUAUAUAGACUUCAGUCAUGAGUCAUUGCUACAGGAGUGUCAUGCUGUUAACUAUCAUUAUGAUGAAUGCUGAGUGUAUUUGGAGGAACACAGCAAGGUUUGCAUCUGCUUUUAGUAAUUUAGCACCUCGAAGCUAUCAAGGAAUACAUGCGAAAAUUUGUGUAAGCACAUGCCAAUUCAAAAUUCUGCCUGUAUCGGUUUUGCAAGAGAUGUAUAAUUGAAAACGAGGUAUUCUGACAAAUUUCAAUCUUAGAGAAAGGUCAUUAGCAUUGUAUUACAGUAAGGAAUCACAUGUAAUAUAAUUAGGUUAUCUGUCUGAAAUGAAGCCAAAGUUUAUUUCAUUACAUUGCAAUUUCGUACACACUUGCAAUAAAUCCCCAACCAGUAACUGCUGAAACAGGGUUACAGCUAGCACUGAGUUUUCUAAUUAAAAAGCUUGGUAAAUGUAAAUUUUUUUUAGUAGGAUGUUGGUUUGUAUUGUCCAUUCUAGGUGGGUUAUUGAAGGUUUGGGUUGUAGCAUCAAAACCUGGAUUUGACCUGCCAUCUUCUGUGAUCCCUAAUUGGGGCUGUAAGGGUCACUGAAAACUGAUGUCAUGUGAGCAGCAGCACUGGUUUUAAUAUGCCGCUUAAGAGCAAAUUAAAUUGGUAUGUUCUGCACAGAGCGAAUUUGAAUACAAAAACAAUGGCUCGUAAUGACUCAUGGCUCGACCGUCAUCCUGUUUAAGAAAAAAUAUCAUCUGCAUAGUAUCAUUUGCAUGAGGCUGUCUGCCAUGUCGACCAGAGAAAGAUACAUUACCUGAAUUCUAAUUACCUCUUUAAAUAGAACAAGGCCUUUUAAUAUAAAAAUAAGGCCAUUUCACAAUUUGAAACCCGACUCGUUUUCUUGUUUUCUAAACAUCUCUGAUUCUCAUGCUUGUUCUCAAGUUCAUUUUAUUUGCAUAUUUUGGUGACAUUUCUGAGUCACCCAUUGUCAAACAAAUGACUGGACCAGGCUGCGCUUAUGUAUCCAGCCCCCAGAGUGCCUUGCAAUCUCGGUAAGAAAAAAGGACCUGGGACAAAAGGGGGAAAUUAUCGUUUGUUAUGGCCCUGAAUCACCAGUAGUAAUUUGAAUGUAUUUUUCAGGGUGUUCUUAAGAUAUUUAUUGGAAACUUCAAGUCAUUUUAUUGGAAACCUGUUAGAAAUGUACAUGUUAAGAUAGCUAUAGAUAAUUAUUAAAGCUACAGAAAUUUAGCUCUGAGUGGUUAUAUCUGUAUAUGCAUGUGUAUUACCUUGAUCAGUUACAUCCACAGAAAAAUGGUCAGAGCUCCUUAGAAGCUCGGAUUGAAUAUUAUCACAGUCUAAUGGCAGAUGCAAUUGAAUCUUUACACAAAUAGCAUAAACCAAAUCAGCAGCAUAACACAGGAGAAGAUCUGCCAACAGCCACACACAGAUGCAGCACACACAUUUGAAGGUGCAGCAUUGGCGCAUCCUGAUUCUCAGUGUACUGGCACACACCGCACUCUCAGUCUUAUGUAGCACUCAGGCACGACACACUAUAGCUCUGUUCCAACACCAUUAAUAAUUAGAGCACUCUAGUUGUCCAUUUGCUGAGACUGCGACAUGAUGCAGAUGAGAGUGAAAUGGCUGUCAGAUCAAGCUUAUUUUCACCCUUCUUAUCUUACACGAAUUUUCAAAUGGAAAUUGAAGGAAGGCUAAUUCAGAAUGCCAGGUCUGACCCAUCUCUGUGGUAAUAUGCAGAGGACAAUUCUGGUGUAUUAUUGGCUUUAGUAGAUCCAGUUUUCGAAUGCUGGGUGGCACAGCAUUAUCUCAGGGAGAAGUCAUGGAAAAAAUGAGAGCAGCUAUGACAGACAGCAGCAGGCAGUGAGCAGUGCAGGCCUUGGAAACGUCUCUCCAGCUCAAGCCAAAAUUCUGUGACGAGUUGGUGUCCUCACUUUCAUGAUAUCAAUGAGAAGAGGUCAGUGUAUCUCGUUUUCAGAAACAGUUCACCUUAGCAAGAGACACGACAGUAAAGCCUUUCCUAAGCAACUCUACAGCCACUGUUGUGUAUUUUCAGAGUUCUAACCCUUGGGUAUUCUUAGAUGGCAGCAGUAUUCUCUUGUUAAUCUCUGUUCAUCAUGCUGCAUUUUAUGGAAAACAUAUCCAUGCUUUUGUGUGUUGGUUCCGUGUUUGUUCACAACGCUUAUGAGGCAGUGUUAUUGUAACUAACAAGCCAUCUUGUCCAUGGUGUCUCAAAGGCUGAAAUUCUUCUUCUACUGGAGUGACCAAGCCUGCUUCUGGAGAUCUAUUCUUUUGCAGAGUGGUUCUUACUACACCUGGCUCUAAUAUGCAGAUGCUUGUAAGGAGCCUGUUUAGGUGGUAAGAGCUAAAGAGUGCUAGAUCACCGCAAGCAUGUUGGCCACCCCUACUCUUUAUAAUAUUGAGCUCUUUAUACAGUUGUGACACAAGAUGCUGAUAAUCAUUUUAUAAUAACAUUAUCUGUAAAGGUUGUGUCUGUCAUAUGAUAUUGAAGAUACGUUUACAAUGUCUUGUCAUUUAGAUAUGUAAGUUGUAUUAAGAAAUUAAUUAAUAAACUUUACCAAGCCAUUACAAACUGUACCUUUGGAGGCAACAAAGCACUGUAUUAUAAAAUAGCUAAUAAAAUACGCUUCUUCAGGAAUACACUGUUUUAUGUAAGAGACAUUUUUCAAUUCAUAGAAUUGUCUCGACUACACUUUACAUUGCUUGCCUCUAAUCUUUGCUUGUAUAAUGUAAGCACACUAAAAUUUGUGAAUCCGUUUACCAUUUUCUUACUGUGAGCGUCAUUUUCAUGUGUCAAGUGCCAAGUGUGUAAUGUAAGUAUUAUUUCACUAUCUCUGUGUUGAAUAUUAUGUUGUAUUGUACUGAAAUUUUUGGUAUUAGAGACAAUUCAUUUAAAGUGGCUCCAUCUGUCCAUAGUCUGCCAAUGGAGAUACUAGACAUACAAAAUUUUUAAGCAUAUUCCAGUUACACUGACCACAUCAAAAACUUUUAACAUCAAAAAAUUUUAACAAAUUAUUUUGUCCUGUUUUGUGAGAGAAGGAAGAUACUGGAAGUCACAUUAAUACAAAGUGAAUGUCUUGAGGGUAGUAAUAACCUCAUAGUGCAAACAUGGCCCAUGUCUCAGUAAGCAUAUUACAAGUGCAAUAUCCAGUAGAUGCUGCAUAAUGCUGGUUCUUUAUUAGGAAUUAGAGAUGUUUCACUGUAAUAGGUCUGUAUGUUAGAUUGUCUGCAGAUUGCAAUACCUGCAAUGGGGGAGUUUGAUAAAGCAAAUGCUAGACUUAUAAUGGUUUUAACAUAGACAAAUUAUAACUUCUUUAGAACCUGAAUAAAAAAUUUAUAUCUUC